UGUUAUGACUCCAAAGAUGGCUAUGUUUACAUCUUGAUUUUUGAUAGCCUACUGCUAGACACUAGUAGAUCUAGAUCUAGUAGUACUAGAUUCUAGUAUAUCUACUUCCCAUUUUUUCUUUAAAGUAGAGGCCUAAACAUCAGGAAAUAUUCACUAACUAGAUCAUCUAGAUCUAGAGAUCUAGAUCUAUAUCAAAAUGACGUUUUGAGGCUGUGGUUGUUAUUAUUUUAUCAAUGGAUAAAGCAUCGAGAGCUGAGCUGAUAGAAACUAUCAACAGUCAAAAAGAUCAGCUCAAUCAGUACAAGUCUAAACUUCGAGAUGUGGUGGCAGCUUACAAAAGUGUUGUCAAAGAAAAAGAAGCGCUGGAGGCAAGUUUUUCUGCCCUGAGCACGUCCAGCAGUGCUACCAACCUUAGCGCCACUGACCUCACAGAAAAGGUUCCGGAGGAGUUGUCUGGGGAGGGUUCAGAUCCACUUGGCAUCUCUAAGGAGGUGAAAGAUGAAGUGGCUGCCCUAAGGGAACAGAUCAGGACUCUGAGCUCAUCCCUCACUACACUGACUCAGGAGAAGAACAAGAUUGAAGCAAAUUUUAUAGCAGAGAGAAAACACCUGAGGCAUGAGCAUGAGUCUCUACAAGCACAGCUGGCAGAUGAGAGAAAAAGAACAUCCAAACAGGCAGAGGGCUUUGAGCUACAGCUGUCUGAUUUAAAAAGUCGUAUCAGGACCCAUCAGCUUGAGAGAGAAAGAGAACAAACAGACCACGCCCUCAUGCUUAAAGAACUUCAGGCGCUUUUGGCCAAAGAGAGAACCAGCAAGGAGACCAUUGAAACUCAGCUGGAAGAAGCUCUGCAUGCUCUCCAUGAAAGCAAACACAAGUCUCAGAGUGCGCCACUUGUGUCCGAAGUCUAUGAGCGCCAGAUCCAGCAGCUGCAGAAUGAGCUGAAACUUGUACGGGACAGGCUCAAGUCUGCUGAGGUCAAGGCCAAUCAGCCGUCUCCAUUUGUUCUAGAGUUACAGAAGGACAUGGCCAGCAUGAAGGCUGACUACCAGAAACAAGUGGAGAAGGAGCAGCAGAAAGCCUGCGAGGCUGAGAGCAGACUGCAGACCCAGUCCAAACAGAGUGAGGAGAGAGUCUCAGGUCUGGAGGCCAAGCUGUCUGAGCUGUCCCAGGUGGUGGGCAACUACGAGAGGCUCAGGUUCCAGGACCAGCAGGCCAUCAGUAAACUGAAGGAGAGGGUCACACAGCUGGACAUGGAGAACACGGCCCUGGCCCGCGCUGCCAGCCUGACCCCAGAGAAACAAGAUGAAGAGAACAACAUGGAGGUCGAGAAAGUUCUGGAGAAAAUCAUGCACCUGAGAUCUGUUCUGAAAACUGUCUCGGAGAAGUCAGAAAAAUCCAUCAAACUGUCCAACAUCUUUGUGGAAGAUUUGAACAAGGCUGACGAGGAAUCUGAGGUGUGUAAGAAAUACAAAGAGGAGCUUGAGCAGGUGAAAGAGGAAUUUGAGCGGUACAAGCUACGGGCGCAGUCAGUGUUGAAAAACAAAAAUAAGGAAAAUGGGCCAUCAAAAGAGUGUGAGCUAUUGAAGGAGCAAGUAGCAGAACUGAGGGAUAAGCUGCGCAUGAGUAACUUCCACCACCAGGAGGAGCUAGCGGAGCAGCAGGCCAAGGUCGAUAACCUCAGCAAGGCCAUCCUGACCCAGGAAGAAAAACACAGAGCAGACGUGUCCCAGGUCAAGGCCGGUCAUCAGAAGCAGAUUGGCGAGCUAGAGGUGGAGGUCAAGAAACAAAGGGAAAGAACUGUGGUGCUACUUGCUGAGAAAGACGCAGAAAUUCAGCGCCUGAGAUCGUUGUCAGGCCAGAGCUUUGAGCCAGACAGUCUCAGACAGUGGGGCCAACUCAACGACAGCACGGCCCAGCGAGCCAGUGGGGACAUAUCCGAGGAACAGGAAGCAGUUAGCAGACUUUUAGACAUGUCCAAAAAUUUCCAAAACGAGGCUGCUUUUAUUCACUUUGCUCAAGAAAAAGGGAGGAUGGAGGUCGAGUUAAACGGACUUCGCAAGCAGAAGAGGUCGCUGGAGACUGCGCUGCGUGACCUGCAGGUGUCUGUGAGCCAGAAGGAAGAGAAGCUGCGCGAUGAGAUCAGUGCACUCAAUGAGCAGCUGCUGGAGGUACACAGGCAUGCCAACCGUGAGGGGGCCAACGUGGAGUACCUCAAGAAUGUCAUGGUCAAGUUCCUGACCUCCACGGAUGGUCAGUGUAAGACACAGAUGCUCAAGGCUGUGAUGACCGUCUUACAGUUUAGUCCAGCGGAGAGGGACGCUGUCCACCUGUCUCAGGCUAAAGGCUGGUGGCCUGCAUAG